AUGGCCACCAACAAUGCCCCGUUCCCAAUGCCCCCUGCUUCGGCAGAUCUCGCCACGACAUGGGCAUUUCUAGAAGAGGGCGUCGACCACAUUAUGACAAAGCUCCAGACGGGGGUGUCUUACUCCAAGUAUAUGUCCCUAUACACUGUGGCGUACAACUAUUGCACCUCAUCAAAGAUGCACGGAUCGUCAACGGAGAGUAUCGGUACCGGGUUGGGCGCUCGGUCGGGGGCCAAUCUGAUGGGCUCCGAUUUGUACCACAACCUAAUUCGCUACUUUGUCACUCACCUGAAAGGCCUUAGAGAGGCGACGGACUCGUUGCAAGAUGAAGCCCUUUUGCGAUAUUACGCGGCGGAGUGGUCUCGGUACACCACUGGCGCGAACUAUAUCAACCGCCUAUUCACGUAUCUGAAUCGUCAUUGGGUGAAGCGCGAGAGGGAUGAAGGCCGGAAGGGUGUCUAUCCAGUCUAUACGCUUGCUUUGGUCCAAUGGAAGAUCAAUCUAUUCAUCCCUAUCCAACAAAAGCAAUCGAAAUUAGCUGGUGCCAUCCUUCGCCUCAUUGAAGAUCAGCGAAAUGGAGGGGUCAUAGACCAAGGUCUGGUCAAGAAGGUUGUCGACUCCUUCGUAUCCCUUGGACUGGAUGACACCGACCCGAACAAGGCGUGCCUCGAUGUGUACAAAGAACAUUUCGAACUUCCCUUCAUCGAUGCGACGGAGAAAUACUACAAGCAGGAAUCGGAAUCGUUCCUAGCAUCAAACACGAUUUCCGACUAUCUGAAGAAAGCCGAAGAACGUCUGAAAGAGGAGGAAGACCGCGUCGAGCGCUACCUCAAUACCCAGACACGAAAGCCUUUGAUCAGCAAAUGCGAGCACGUCCUCAUUCGGGAACACUCAGAACACAUGUGGGAGAGCUUCCAAAGCUUGCUGGAUUUCGAUAAGGACGAGGACUUGCAACGGAUGUAUGCGCUCCUCUCGCGUAUCCCUGAAGGUCUUGAGCCACUACGGAAGAAGUUUGAGGAGCAUGUCAAGAAAGCUGGUCUCGCUGCUGUCUCCAAAUUAGUUGGGGAAGCUGGGAGUAGCACAGAGACUCUAGACCCCAAGGCUUACGUGGAUGCCCUGCUCGAGGUUCAUAAGAAAAACUCGGAGACUGUUACAAGGAGCUUCAGAGGAGAAGCCGGAUUUGUUGCCAGCUUGGACAAGGCUUGCCGCGAGUUUGUCAACAGGAACGCCGCUACUGGCCUGUCAAACUCGAAGUCGCCAGAACUGAUCGCCAAGCACGCUGACCUCUUGUUGCGGAAGAACAACAAGCUGGCGGAGGAAGAUGACUUAGAGGUCGCCUUGAAUCGUGUGAUGAUUCUCUUCAAGUACAUUGAGGACAAAGAUGUGUUCCAAACCUUCUACACGACGAAGCUAUCCAAGCGACUUAUUCAUGGCGUAUCCGCGUCUGACGAGAGCGAGGCAAGCAUGAUCUCCAAAUUGAAGGAGGCUUGUGGUUUCGAGUACACGAAUAAGUUACAACGCAUGUUUACAGAUAUGAGUCUUAGCAAGGAUCUCACCGACUCUUUCAAGAGCAGGAUGGAACAAAACCACGACGACAUGGACAUCAGCUUCAGCAUCAUGGUACUGGGAACCAAUUUCUGGCCACUAACGCCCCCAGGUCAUGAGUUCGUCAUCCCUCCAGAGAUUCUAUCAACGUACGAUCGAUUCCAGAAAUACUAUCAAAUGAAGCAUUCUGGUCGCAAACUCACCUGGCUCUGGAACUAUUCCAAAAAUGAAUUACGGACGAAUUAUCUCAACCAGAAAUACAUUCUCAUGACCAGCUCGUAUCAGAUGGCAGUCCUCCUGCAAUAUAACAAGAACGAUACGCUUUCCCUUAUCGACCUCGUUACCGCGACCUCGAUACCGAAGGACCUGUUGACUCAAGUCCUUGCCUUAUUGGUGAAGGCGAAAAUCCUAAUCAACGAAGAGACCGACCAAUAUGAUCUGAACCCAAGCUUCAAGUCAAAAAAGAUUCGCGUCAAUCUCAACCAACCUAUUAAGGCUGAGCAGAAGGCAGAGUCCACAGACGUUCUGAAGACGGUGGACGAGGAUAGGAAAUACGUCAUCCAAGCAACAAUCGUCCGCAUCAUGAAGGCUCGCAAGACGAUGAAGAACCAGCCCCUUAUUCAAGAGGUCAUCUCCCAAAUAUCACAGAGGUUCGCCCCAAAGAUCCCUGACAUUAAAAAGGCUAUCGACACUUUGUUGGAGAAAGAAUACAUCGAACGAGUAGAAGGCACAAGAGAUACAUUUGCUUAUGUAGCGUAA